AUGGCACCUGGAAAGAGCGUUCCCGAUCAAGACAAUGUUGCGCGUGAGCAAAAUUCUGGCGAACAGAAUCCGCAGCGGAUUAACUCUGAGUUGGCACAGGCCUUUCAAGAGCUUGCAAGAGGCGAACAGCAGGCAACCGCUCUAGAAGGCCGUCUGACGGAAAUCGAAGGACGUAUAGAGCAACUACUUGCAAGUGUUGAGCAGAACGCUCGUGAGAACACCGCAACAGUCUCCGGAUCUGACCCAUCUGCGAAGGCGGAGUCCAAGCCAAUGCAGUGA